CCCCGCCAUUUCAGGGACUUGUCGACUUCCAAGCCGACAUAGUCUUUUGGAAAGAGAAGAUCAUCAACGAUAGCUGUGAGGACUAUACUGUGUCGACAAGUAUUGCUAGCCAAAAUGUCCAACGGCACCACCAACGGAACCGCGAGCACUGGCUCUCCUCAACGAUAUCUAAGUACUAGAGGAGACGACUACGAUCUUUCCUUCGAGGAGGUCGUCUUGAAGGGUCUCGCUUCCGACGGUGGCCUCUAUAUUCCAGAGCAGAUCCCCAGCGCUAGUCAAUGGCAAAGUUGGAAGGACCUCUCAUUCCCCGACUUGGCUCUCGAGGUGCUUUCUCUCUACAUAUCAUCCAGUGAGAUUCCGAGAGAAGACCUGAAAGGAAUCAUCGACCGCUCAUAUUCGACUUUCCGCGCACCCGAAACGACACCGCUCAAGCACCUCCACGACAACCUAUACCUGCUAGAGUUGUUCCAUGGCCCAACGUUUGCCUUCAAGGAUGUUGCCCUGCAAUUUUUGGGUAACUUGUUUGAGUACUUCUUGGUGAGGAAGAACGUUGGCAAGACCGGCCGAGACAGGCAUCAUCUGUCCGUGGUGGGAGCCACGAGCGGUGACACUGGAUCCGCAGCCAUCUAUGGCCUGCGCGGCAAGAAAGACGUAUCCGUCUUCAUCCUACACCCCAAGGGUCGUGUAAGCCCCAUCCAGGAGGCACAGAUGACAACAGUGUUGGACCCAAAUGUGCACAAUUUGGCAGUGACUGGCACGUUCGACGAUUGCCAGGACAUUGUCAAGGCCCUAUUCGCCGAUCCCGAUAUCAAUUCGACACUCAAUCUGGGUGCCGUUAACUCCAUCAACUGGGCUAGAAUCCUCGCACAGAUUGUCUACUACUUCCACUCUUACUUCUCCUUGGCCAAGACAUCUUCGAAUUUCAACAUCGGCGACAAGGUUCGCUUUGUGGUACCCACUGGUAACUUUGGUGAUAUCCUUGCAGGCUACUUUGCCCACAGAAUGGGUCUCCCCGUCGACAAGCUCGUAGUAGCAACAAACGAGAACGAUAUUCUUGACAGGUUUUGGAAGACAGGCAAGUAUGAGAAGAAGCCGGCCUACGGUCCUGAAGCAGAGGGUGGCUUAGCCGUAGACGGUGUCAAGGCUCACGAGGACGGCGUCAAGGAGACUCUGAGCCCGGCCAUGGAUAUCCUUGUAUCGAGUAACUUUGAGCGUCUGUUGUGGUUCUUGGCAUACGGGUUCGCCGAGUCGGCAAAGAUGGACGACGAGUGGAACAAGAGGCAGGCAGGCCAGGAGGUCGCAUACUGGUUGAAGCAGCUGAAGUCGAGCGGCGGCUUUGGUCCUGUCUACCAGGACGUUCACCAGGCGGCCAAGCGCGACUUUGAAAGUGAGCGAGUGAGCGACUCCCAGACUACUGAAACCAUCAAGUCGUACUUCAACAAGAUUGGAUAUGUCCUUGACCCUCACACAGCCGUGGGUGUCGCUGCUUCUAUUCGCUCGCUUGAGCGUGCUGGCCAGAUACCACACAUCUCCCUGUCAACUGCCCAUCCUGCCAAAUUCGCCGGCGCUGUUGAGAUGGCGUUGAAGAACGAGUCGGGCUUCAGCUUCGAGGAGAACGUAUUGCCGCCCGAGUUUGUUGGAUUAGAGGAGAGGGAGAAGAGAGUGUCAGAUGUAGAUAACGACUGGAAGGCAGUGCGCGAGCUCGUCAAGAAGCAGGUCGAGGAGGAGCUCCAAGCUGGAGCGCAUUAGAGCUUGGUGUGUAAAUAUUGGAAUUUAAGAAACAUGGGAGCCCAACAGAUGUGGCACCAAGGCAAUUAUUGCAUUACAAAUUACCU